AUGCAAUCUGGUGACAAGUCUCGUUUUACUGAUCUUUACAAUGAACCUGUAGACCAUCUUUUAUCACCCAUAAAAGGCUAUCAAGAUAAACCACUUGUUUCACUACCUGAAGCCAUUGAACCAGUUGCUGGAUUUUUCAAUGGAAUUGAAGACGAUGUCUUUGUUGCAUUGCAUAAUUGUCAAAAUCCAGCUGAUGGAUUAGACCAACAAGAAUCAGCUUCUAUACAUCUAUAUACAAUGCAAUUUAGUGGCGGUCCAAGCUUGUAUUUAUUACUUAAUAAAUCAUUACGUGCCGAGAAUCGUGAAGAAUUGCGACCAUGGUUCUCAUUUCUUAAAUUAUUUCUCACUGCUUUACAUAAAUUACCAUCACGGAGUGGAAUAGUAUGGCGUGGCGUUCGAGAUGUUGAUUUAAGUUCGAAAUACAAAAAGGGUACAACAUUUGCUUGGUGGGGAGUAAGUUCAUGUACUGUUGAUAUUGGAUUGCUCGAAUCAGAGCAAUUUUUGGGUAAACAUGCAACACGUACUCUCUUUUCAAUUGAAUAUAUUCACGGAAAAUCUAUUGCCGCACAUUCAUAUUUCAAAAAUACUGAACAAGAAAUUAUUCUUAUGCCAGGUUCAUAUUUCGAAGUCAUCGGCCAAUUAAAUCCAGCACCUGAACUUCAUAUUAUUCAGUUAAGAGAAAUUACACCACCAAUUGCACUUGUUAAACCACCAUUUUCUAAAGUGGACGAACAAAAAUCUUCUUCUGUUGUUCCUAAAUCAGGUACAUUGUCCCCAUCGAUAUCAACAAUGGGGACACCAACGAAAACUGCCAUAAACGUUUCAGUUAAUAUGCCAACAAUGACAUCAGGUAACACCGGUUUUCAAAAUCUAUAUCAACCUCCUAGUUUCUAUGCACCACCCCAAGGUGGUUAUCGAUCACAACAGCAAUAUCAAAAUUCCUAUGGACAAAAUCCUUUACAACAAGAACCGUAUCAAAAUCUCUAUGGUUUAAAUCUUCAACAACAUCAACCGUAUCAAAAUCGCAAUGGAGAAAAUCUUUCACAACAGCAACAACCGUAUCAAAAUCCCUAUGGACAAAAUCCUUUACAACAAGAACCGUAUCAAAAUCUCUAUGGUUUAAAUCUUCAACAACAUCAACCGUAUCAAAAUCGCAAUGGAGAAAAUCUUUCACAACAGCAACAACCGUA